AUGGACGGCGGCCUUGUGGCCUGGCUUCAAGUCUUAGGAAGCUGGCUAGCAUUCGCAAACACUUGGGGUCUCACAAGUUCCUACGGUGUCUUCGAAACGCACUACUCCAAUGAUCUCCUGUCACACUACUCCCCGUCAUCCAUUGCAUGGAUCGGCUCAGUACAACUGUUCCUCAUGAUGGCGAUCGGACUUCCGGUCGGCUCGAUAAUGGACAAGGGUCAUCUCCGGCUGCUGGUAGUGGUGGGAAGCUUCAUGCAGGUUUUCGGGAUGUUUAUGACCUCUCUCUGCACGCAGUACUGGCAGGUGUUUCUUGCGCAAGGUAUUUGCGUGGGCAUUGGGAGUGGCAUGUUGGUUGUUCCGUCGGUCGCUGUUCUUCCACUUUAUUUCACAACCAAGCGCAUGCUAGCUACGGGAAUUGCGGCUACGGGAAGUAGUUUAGCGGGUAUCGUGUACUCGAUCAUGUUACGCAGACUGAUAGUCUCCAUCGGCUUCCCCUGGGCUGUGCGAGUCCUAGCCUUCGUGAUGCUGGGUGGAUCGAUUAUGUGCUGCGCUGUAUUGCGACUGCGACCGGGGCGUGUUAAGCGGGCGCCUCUGCAAUGGCGCAAAUUUACUCACGACUCGUGCCUUUUGUCCUUCACAGCUGCAUUUACCACGAUGAUGGCAGCUGCCUACAUCCCGUUCUUCUAUGUCGAAGCCUACGCCAUCGACCUCUCUGUCGACGAUGACAUGGCAUUUUACCUACUGAGCAUCAUGAACGCGACCAGUCUUUUUGGACGGAUAGGGUCCAACUGGCUUGCUGACCGAUACGGAGGUCUCCACCUCGCAAUCCCCGGCUGUCUCUUUACCUCCCUCAUCCUAUUCUUCUGGCGCUUCUCAACUACCCUUCCCGACUUGAUUGCCAUCGUUUCCAUUUAUGGGCUUGUCUCGGGGAGUAUCGUGUCGCUUCCGCCCGCUAUCAUUGCCAAUCUGACGUCCGAUGUCUCCGAGGUGGGAGCAAGGAUUGGGGUCUCGUACACAAUUGCAGCCUUUGGGGCAUUGGUCGGGAAUCCGAUUGCGGGGGCAGCGAGAAGUUCAAGAAAUAGUGCGCAGGUGGAAUAUCAGGGAACGUGGCUAUUCGGAGCCGCAGUGAUGUUUCUAUCAGCCGUGUUCGUGGUCUUGACUCUGUGGUUGAGAAGAGGUGGUAAACAGAAUUGA